AAAAAAUAAACCUGAAAAUGUGCGACUACCAGAUGGAAUACUCCUUUGUUUUUGAAGACAGCUCCUGCGAGGGCGACGUUUCAAUGGCCACCUAUGACAAUGGAUUCGAGUCCAUGUGGCAGCAGGUGGGCGAGGAGCUGCGCAGGGAGCGGGAAAUGAACGAACUCGGCCAACUUUUCCAGCAAAACUUGAGCCUGAGUCCGCCGCCCUUCGCGGAUCAAUGGAGAUUCUGAGGGGACCUGCCAAAGCCAGCUCAUUGUGAUAUUUGUAAAUAAUAGAUUUAGCAGAUCAUUCGCCAUAUAAGUGGCCUUCUUUAAAGCACUUUCGAUAAGUGCUCGUGGAUUUUAUAUUAUAACUAACAAACCCCAACAUGUUUUUGUAUACCUUUGUU